AUGCACGCCCGCAGCAGCGAGAAGUCUACUUCCAGCACGACAACACAGUCACACAUUGGAAAAAUGGCCAAAACCAAACUGAAGAAGUUCUUCUGGAUCAUUUCACCACACCCACCGUAUUCCCCAGAUCUGGCUUCCACGGAGUACCACCUUUUCUCCUGUGUGCAACAUCAUCCGGAUGGUCAAGACUUCCAAACCCGCGAGGACAUCAAAAAGGCACUCGAGCAGUUCUUCAAGGACCAGUCCCCAGCGUUCUGGAGCAAAGGCAUCUACGAUCUGCCUAGACGUUGGCAGAAGACCAUCGGUGCCAAUGGGGCAUACUUCAAAUGA